AUGCCUUCCGUUUUUUCCUGCUUCGGCCGCAUCUUCAAGCGCCGUAAGAACAUGAAAAUCUCCUCCCCAAUGGAAACCACCCCGGAGGGACCUCGUCCCGCCCGUAACGCCUCUAAACCUCCAUUGAGCGUCAAAACCCCAAACCUCAGUACAUUUGGUGCACAAACUGCUCCAGGCCCACGAAGCCCAAAUCUAGUCUAUAGUAACAAUAAUAGUCGAGGAAGCAUCAUAAGUCGCCGUCCGAAUGUCACAAAUAGCAAUCCCACCAUCUCAGUCAGUACCCCAGGGGCUACUUCGUUCCCUCUUACAUCGCCUCAAGUUCCAAAUUUCUUUACAAAGUCUUCCUCCUCUUCACCUUCACAAGAAGAAGUUUACUUGACCGAUGAAAAGAAGAAUUCUUCUUCUUCUGAAUUUCCUCGCACGCCUGGAACAUUCGACUUCGACGCCACCCCCCGCAUUCACAAGAUCUUUAAAAUGCUAUCACCGCCACCAACUAAGCUCAUUUUUACUGAAGCCGUAAGACCGGAGCCUGUGAUCGUCGAACCGAAAAAGUCCAUGGCGAGUCGGAUCUCAAAGCGUCUAAGCAGACGCUGGACUAGCAAAAACAUGAAUUUUAACACCAGCAACACCAACGUCUCAAUUACAUCUUCUCCAAGGCCUCGAGAUCUAGGAACCCCACGAUCAAUACCAGAGAUGUGCUAUAGUCCACAAUAUAUACCAGGAGUCUCUUACGAAAGUAGUCUUCCAUCGUCACCACGUGUGUAUACUACACCACUAUCUCCACCUCCAAUUCCUUCGUUACCACUAUCUGCUAGGAACGGGUUAGGACAGUGUCUUACCACCCGUCUUCCAAAUGGAGAAGUGAAGCCCGUCACGAUGGUUCCACAGUUGAAGCUUUCGGUACCGAUUUUCUCGAGGGUGCAAGCCCUUGAAGCGACACCUAUUGAGGCUAGUCCCGUUUGCGAUCCUUGGAGACACAGGAAGGAGGAGAUCGAGGGGAUGUCUGAUCGCCACCAGGCUUGGUUGCUUUGA